UGUCAUUUAUUUGGAAAUAUCUUCGGUAAAAAAUAAAAACGAUUUUUUAGGAUCUCCGAAACCAGUCGGAAUUUUUUCAGUUUGAAAACGGCAUUUUGUUAAGCAUUAAAAUAGGCCAAAUUUGAACAACCUACCCAUUUCUUACAGUUUCCGAGAUCCCCAUGGUGGCUCUCGAAUUUGAAUCGACUCUUCCCUUGUACACCUUCCCCCCUCUACUUCUUUAUCAAAAUUAAUGCGCGUUGCUGAAUAACUGAAGGCCUGUGUUUUUUCGACAAAAAGAAACAUCUGCUUGUCUUGAAAUUAAUUAGUUUUACGCGGCGAUAGCGCACUCUUAUCGCACUGACCGGAGAUAAACUUUUACAAUAACAACUCGCAAUUAUUUCCAAACGCAUAAACUUAAUCCUUUAACACGUAAUUAAACUUUACAAAUACAAAUAAAGAUAAACAAAGCAAUUAUUUAAACACAAAUCAAACAUCAUUAAAUAAAUAAUUCUAAAUAAAAUCAAUAUUGAUUCAAAUUCACAUGAUAUGAUCGAAAUUCAUGUUUAAUCUAAAUUAUCGUCCAUAUUCACGUUAUCAAAGGUACUAUACCAAAGAAAACGUCUGCACGACGUAGUUUAACAACCAUACACUGCGUCCCAAAAACAAUGUAUACAUUCUAUGGGUACCUUUUUCCGAGAAUCCGAAUCUGUUAUCAGAAUUCCAUAACACGCUAGAUGCAGAAAUUUCAGGCUACUACUUUCUUAUUUUUUAUGGACGCCAUAUUGGAUAUUUACGCAAUGAGAUAAAGACCAAAAAAUAAAAAUAAUGACGUGUCACACUCUAUACCUCGCUCUAUACUUUUACAUAAAUUUACUAGUAGUAGUAAUUUUCAAAAUCAAAUGUUUUCUCAACAAAACAGCCACGGAUAUCUAGAACUUGCUCAAUCAACAAUGGCGAUGCAUUCAAAUGAAUUUCUUUUUUUCAUAAGAAAUAAGAAACUAGUAGCCUGUAGCCAGAGGUGGGAAAGAGUGAAACACUUGAAAAUUGCUUAAUUUGACCUAAUAUAGCAUCCUCAUAAAUGAUCAAAUAUAAAGAAAGGUGGUUGGUAUUCGGAAUUAUGUCAACUAUUCAAAUUGGGCAAUUUCAAGUUUGUGCAUAAAUUAUGGUACAAGGUGCCCAAAUUAGUCGUUAGUAUGGGGUAAUGCUUAAACAAUAAGUAACAGAAAAAUUGACCUCGCACUCCCGAUAUAAGUAUUUCUUUGAGAUAAACUCGACGAUGUUGAAAACCAAACUGGUCUACAGUCUUUUGAGUUAUGGACAAAAGUUUAAUUUUCCAAUUUUGAGAUAAAAGCCUCUUUGUUUAUUGAGUUAUCGGAAAUGUGUUUAUUACUAAUGAUUGUUGCAUAAUUUUCAGUUUUCAAAAUAAGUAUACGGGGUCAACUAAACAAGUUAUCGGACGUAACCUCAUUUUAUUAAAUGGAACACUCUGUAUAUUUGAAUCUUUUUUUCCUUUGGGAUCGGCUGUGAAAAAUGUUUGUUUCCUGAAAAGUGUGGCAGAGUGCAAUCGGGCCCCUUGCAAUGUACCUCAACCUUAUUCAAUCGUGUAGAUUUGGAAGUUCCCCCCAGGAUUCGAGUUGUUUCUUCUCACGUUCACCGGAUGUAACAUCACCUCUGCGCUUUUCUGGCAUGGGUCCUCCAUUCAGAAAAACGUUGAACUUCAGCUGAAGUGUUCAUCCAACCUAAUUUAGCCUACCAAGCCAUCACAGAUACGGAAGUGAUUAUUUCCAAAGUUAUGAAAGAUAUCAAAAGUGGACACCCUGUAUACAUAAUAGUAAUAGUGGGUACGUGGAAAUCAAUCUAAAAUGAUGCAACCUAAAAAUAAGCCAAUAGUGUGGCGCAAAGAAAUAGUAAAACACGCUGUCAAUAGAACUUACUCACCAUUAAAAUUAGGAAGAUUUGGAUCUUUUACAGGAAAAUCAUUGUUUUGCAACAGUUACUAUCAUUGUUAAAAUAAAUUAUGCAAGCGUGAUUACAUAGAAUACGGAUCAACAAAUCGAUAACCAUGGGGUUAGGAGGGCAUGAGCACAUUGUACUUCUAUUUAAAGCAAGAUUCGAAGAAUUAUGCAUAGGGAAAUUUUGUGACACUCGCGGAACCACAACUUGUAAUCCGGUCAUAUUGAAUAGGAUUCUUAAACCUGUAGAAAUCGAUUGGCGAAGGUUUGACAUCGCCGUCUCUUGGCGUUUUCGAGUUAGAUGAGGAGCAGACGGACGGACAAAAUCAUCACAUAAAGGAAUUUAUUUCGAAAAAUUCCCCUAAAAAGGAAUGGUAGAAUCAAUUGAAAAACGUUGCUGUGCUUAUUGUUUCAUACAUACCGGAUAUUUAAAGUUUGUUUGGUUAGCUUUGUGAAAUGCAGGUAAAAAAUUUAGAAGGCAUUAAUCAUACCAAACAGCUGGUCCAGAAACAAUCCUUUUCAAUAUAUUUGCCAAGAAAAAUCUUGACGAUUACUGUGCGCAUGCGCAAACUGCACAAUCUCAACUUUCUUAUUUAUAGCGGCAUUUUUUGAAAUUUUAGUAACGUUAGCUUCUAGUAAAGGCAAAUAUCGCAUAUAGUAGAUGUGAACAUGCGCAAUGCCAACUUUCUCGUUCAUGGAGAUAUUUCUUUGAAUUAAAGUAAAGAUACACAUCGCAUUAUAUUAUAUAUUAUUAUAUAGUAUCAAAUUAAAUGUGCGCAUGCGCAAACAACUUAAUCUCAACUUGGCCGCUUCUUGAGACGAACAUAUCGCAUAAUACAAAUCAAAUGAGACUGCGCAAUGUCAACUCUCAUAUUUAUGGAUAUUUUUUGUAAUAUUAACCGCAGGUGCUUCUAAUAAAAGCAAACGUAGCGCCAAUAUGGAACUCAAAAACGCACAUGCGCAGCGUGAACUUUCCGAUUAAUUAAGAUAUUAACCACAAGAAUGAAAAUAUCCAAAAAUAGUCCCAAUACGUAAACAAGAAGAAAAGAAUUACACAGGAAAAUCAUACAAAAUACCUCGGUGACCAUAAGUGGAAGGUUCCAAUACCAUAGUAGAUAGUUUUUAAAAAAUUUAAAAAUUUCAGCACCGUAUCGGUUGCUACCAACAUAGUAUCGAUAACUCUCCGUAAGUCGAUAUUUGCAAAUUUAUUAAUAACUGUUGAUAUAGCGAUGACUACCGAUGUCGAUAACUCCAUAACCAUAUCAACAAGGUUCAUAUACGCGAUAACCUAAACAUACUAUUUUAAUAAUUAGAACAAAUUUGACAUCUACAGGAUGACUUGCGACCAUUAACUGGAUUACAGUUUUAGUAAUAGAGCAGUGUAUAACAUAAAUUGCAUACAAGAAUUUGAUUAAUAAAUAUAAUAGAUCGUCCAUUCUGUGGUUCGUUGCAGAAGUAGAAGAAAAGUUGCUACUGGCAUAUAUGAAUGAAAUGUCAAAGGUACUUAAAUCUUCUAUCUAUCAGUGCAUUCAUUCAAAACUUCAAACAAAGCUUGCGAUUAAAAAAAUGGAACAGUUCUGACAGGAUACCCUAAAUUACAUGCGUUUUAUAACUUUUGAAUUAACAUAAUGUCAAUAAGUUAGCCCCCCACUACAUCCAAUUUCUUUCUAAACCAUUUCAGAAUUAGAUGCUAAUUGCGCGCUACCAAUAACAAAAAUUUAGUGCUUUGGCCGAUCGGUACAAAAGAAAUUUUUAUUUGGGGGCUUAUGUUAGCCCCAACUUAACAUUAAGCUACAUCCCCCCAAUAGAAAAAAGUAUCGUAGGAAAAUAAUUAAUCUGCUAUAAAAUUUUAUUGCUAUAGUUAAGUACAAACUAAAUAUUUAAAAAAAACAUAACACAACAAAACAAAUUAUCUGAUCAAGUAGAAAAGUAAAUCAAAAUCAAAGUCACUGAUGGACACUGGCCUUUAAUAACACACGACUCUCUUUCAUUAAAGGUACUGUAGUGAGACAGGAUUAAGAUACUCGGAUUAUUAUACCACUCACCUUCUUUCAGACUUAGGCCUCCUAGGUGAUAGUGUUAGGAUCCUAAAUUUUACGUAUGUCUUGUGAUAUUUUAAAAUACAAAUUUAGAGAAGUAGCACAGAGACAAAUUAAAUUAAAGACAUCGUAAGAGUUAAUUAGGUCUAUUCAUUUACAUAGUCCACAAAAACACUUUAUAAUAAAUUUGCCAUAGAAGACUAUCUCCCUUGGCAAUUAGAAAACGUACGGGGGUUUCUGAAUAGUUAAAUCGCAUUUUAUACCAACAAAUGAUAAAUUGAAGAAUUACAAGCUUUUUGUCAUUUGAAAACACUUCAAUGCAUAUUCAUGAAGUGAUCAAAUUAAAUAUGAGUCAAUUAUAAGAGUAGGAAUUAAUUAAUCCGUUCAGGUAAGGUUCAGCUUGCGUUAUUAGCAAACUUAAUUCCAUUUCCAGGUACAAAUAAUUGAAAGUAUAGUUUCACAGGGCUUAAACAUUCAUUAAUAAUAAAGGACAUGCGCAAAUCGGUAACUCCUAACUUUAAUUUAUUCCGUCCCUGACCACCGCCCCCGUCUGUUACAUUUAUUCAUACCAGACCACACACAGAUUUAUAUAGGAUUAUAGCUAUUUACAAAUAUUAUAUCUCUAAUACAAUUAAUUAAUGUUAACUGAAAGGAAUUUACCUUGUAGUGUAGUAAGUAUUCCAAAAGUUACACAAGUUGCCCGCUUAAGUUGCACAUCUUUCUUUUGUAAACGGAUAUUUUUGACUACCCCCAGAACGCUUUCUCCGCAAGUUAAAACUAACCAUUCCUUUCGAAGUUUUUAUGUUUAUUACUGUUUUUGUUGCACAGCCAAAUUUAGUCAUUCGUGCAUCGUAAAGUAGAUUUCUUGAAGUGAACGUCACGUUUAUGCUUUUAUACACUGAUUUGUACGGGAAAUCCGUGGUCAAACAAAAAAUUUGUUUUUGUUUAGGUAAUGAAAAUUGAAUUAUUGAUUCUUAUUUAGUAUUGAUUACGGUUUUAGUAUACGAUUCACCCGAGUGUCCAUACCGCAAUCUUUUGUGCCGCGCGAUUCACUAUCCCUCUUGUGUGUUUUUGUUGUUAUCUGUUACAGAUAACGCAGAAAGCGCCCUUCUGAGCUCACAAGGCUGUUACAAACCUGAAGUUCAAAGGUAAAUAUUUUUAAUUUCCGCCGUAUAACGUAUAACGUUUGAUACAAUCGAACUGUAAUUACUGCAUUUCUUGAUAGUCAUUUAUCCAUUAUAGCUUCGUUGUUUUCUGCGGAUGCCUGUUUUGAUGUUAAUAAUUUCCUUGACUACGUGCUGAUCCCCUUUUUGUUAAAUAUUGAUUUAAAUUUAAAUAUUGACAUUUCAGAUCUAGACUGUAAUAUUUGUGAUAUUUUUGAGAUCAUUUAAUUAAUUACCCUCGACUGUGACAUCAAUUUUUGUUUAUAUCCUACUCUGUCGAUUAUUCUUUUUCUUUACCAUAUCAAGACCAGAACAAGGAUCGAUUAGCUUGCUUCCCCCUUUCGGUAAGUAUUCUCUUUUCUCUUUUGAAAUUGACUGAGGAUUAGUGGCGCCUAUUCGGUUUACUAUUACUACAUUUCCCUUUUGCUUCGUUUCACACAACACGCAAAUAUUUGUUUCAGCAAAUUAACGUUUGGCGUGUUGCAACAAAUUUGCAACUAUAAAAUGUGAUGUAUAUCGUUGAGAAAAUUUCACCAUCUCAUCGUAUACAGGGUGUUCUCAUAAGUAUACAAAAAAAAAAUCGCCAAAGAAGCAUUUUUCCAAGGAUUCAAAGCGUUACGUUUGUAAGAUAGUCUCCAUUUUUUUUCUCAGCAACCAUCCUCGUAUGUGCUAUGGUUUCUGAUAAACAAUAAAAGAAGUAACACCAAUGUUUAGGAGCGUAGUUCUCAAACCAAACAUUUUGACCCUUCCAUAUUUCUGGUUCCUAUAACCAAACAAAUCUUACAGCAAUUUGCAAUUGUUCGAUUAAAAAAGAAUACGUCUUCAUUAUAGUUCUUAACUAAAAUGUAAUAAGGUUUCCUUCAUCAAGAGUUUGCAAUUUAAGUUGGGCGUUAUAGGUUUAGUUCUCGAAUAGUCCUCAUUUCCUGAAAAUGUAGUAGUUGGCAACGUGACAAAUUCAACUGUCUUUAUGGGAUAUUUUCCGAAAUUUAUAAAAUGACGUCGGUAAAGUUUAAUUAGAAAACCUUUCGGAGGCAGGCGAAAAGUAUUUUUAUUAGACGUAUACGGCUGAAGUUUUCGCGUUUUAUUUGUUGAAGUCGAAACCUCGAGAGUCGAUAAAUAUUUGCACUUCUUCUCGCUGGGCAAUUAAUCUCGCUGUUUCGAUGUUAAGAAAAGUUCCGCGGAUUCCAGUUGCAAAUACGAUUAGAUAAGCAAAAUUAAUGUUUUACCCUCGCAAUUGCAUGUCGAUAACGCUGUUUUCCAUUUAAAGUAACUUUUGAUGUCAUUUUUAAUAAUAAAAUGGAAUGACUGAUGUUAAAUUAAUAGAUCUGGAUUGCUCCAAGUUGCAUCCUGUUAUUUAUUUGCUUUUUGAUCUCAAACUCAGAUUGCGAAUUUCUAUUGUAUACUAAAUUCGAGUUUUCAUUAAUGUUCGAAUCUCGUGCUCGAUAAGUUUGUGUUUUAUUUAAAUUGAGGUUAAGAAUGGAUAUUGCGGGUAUUUCUCAAAUUUUCGCAAUUAUACUAUUAUGUAAGGAAAGCAAUACCAGACUGGUAGUAAAGAAAAUCGAGAAUUGCGAUCCAAAAUUUAAUUACCCCUUCAAACUGUCGGUGAGAACAUACAAUCGACCAGAUGCUCAAUAUUUUGACGUCAACUGCACCUGGCCCGUGGACAUGGAUUCCACUAUCGGCGUAACCAUGCAAUUCGAUUACGUUCUUGUAGGCCGUAGCAUGCCCAUUUUAAGAGCCAAAGAAAAUUAUCUCUGCGACUCUGCGAAUAAGUAUCUCGGAGAGCCUUGGUACGACGCUUGUCGCCAAGCAAACAUUCCGGUCAAGAAGUGUCCAAUACCAAAGGGAUUUUAUCAGCUGAAGAACUUUAAAUUUGACUCUGAAAAGAUGGGCGUCAAGUCUUUGCCGUUUGGUAUGAUCACUUCCAAAAGCGUCAUUUUUAAUAACCGCAAUCAGGAUAUUCUUGCUUGCAUUAUUGCUGAGGUGGACAAUAUAGAGAAAUGAAUUUUAGAUCUGAUAUUUGGACAAUAAAUUAUAUCAACUGUAAUAGA